GUUGGGGACAAAAGACAAUGGCGCUCACGAACCAACGCCUGCCAUUUCCACUCCUUCUUCUUCCUCCUCCUCACGGUCACUCCACAAGAUCGUACUCCGUCGCCGGCGGCAUCUCUCCGGCCUUCAAGCCUCUCUCCCUAUCUGCAACCUCGCCCUCUUCCUCUUCUCACUCUCCAACUUCUUCCAUUUUCCUUCCUCAUCUCCAGCAGCAUGACCAGCAGCAGCAGGAGCAGCGACGGCGGCGACGACCACAAGUGCUGCCGCAAUCGCAGCCGCGUCAAGAGCCGCCACCGGAAGACGACGGCGACCCAAUUCUCAGAUUCUUCAAGUCGCGCACCCCUGCGCAGGACCCACCACGCGAAGGACGGCUCUCCCUCCAAAACAAACGCCGCUCUUCUUGGCGGCUGGCUCCCGGCUCUGUUGCGGAUUCUGAAGCUGAGGAUGCAUCGGUGCCUGCUAUUGGGGAUGCGGGGAAAAUGGGGUCGUCGGGUUCGGCCUCAAAAGCUUUGCCUGAGGGCGUGGUGGGAGAAAUUUUGAAACUUGCGAGGAACUUGCCGGUGAAUACGACGUUGGGGGAGUUGUUGGGGGGUUUUCAGGGGAAGAUUGGUGCGAAAGAGUGCGUGGAGGUGUUGGGGUUUAUGGAAAAGGAGGGGCUUGUGAAGAGUAGCAUUUACUUUUUCGAGUGGAUGGGGUUGCAGGAGCCAUCUCUCGUUACGUCUCGGGCAUGCUCGGUCAUGUUUCCCAUGUUGGGAAGAGCUCGGAUGGGGAACAAAUUGCUGGUUUUGUUUGAAAAUCUACCGAACAAGAUAGAGUUCAGGGAUGUUCGUGUUUAUAAUUCUGCUAUUUCUGGGCUGAUGAGCUCCGGGAGCUACAAGGAUGCUUGGAAGGUGUAUGAGGCAAUGGAGGCUAAUAAUGUUCAGCCGGAUCACGUGACAUGCUCUAUAGUCAUCACGGUCAUGAGGAAGAAUGGCCACAGUGCUAAGGAAUCGUGGGAGUUCUUUGAGAGGAUGAAUAGAAAGGGAGUUAAAUGGAGUUCAGAAGUUAUGGGCGCUCUAAUAAAAUCAUUCUGUGACGAGGGGCUGAAGAAGGAAGCUCUUAUCAUCCAGGCGGAAAUGGAAAAGAAAGGAAUCCCUUCAAAUGUGAUUGUAUACAACACAUUCAUGGAUGCUUAUGGCAAAUCCAACCAAAUUGAAGAAGCUGAAGGUCUCUUUGCUGAAAUGAAAGCGAAAGGCCUCAAACCCACUGCUGCCACGUUUAAUAUCCUGAUGGAUGCAUACAGCAGAAGGAUGCAGCCUGAGAUUGUUGAAAAGUUUCUUAAAGAUAUGCAAGAGAUGGGCUUGGAGCCAAAUGCCACUUCAUAUACAUGCUUGAUUAGUGCAUACGGGAGGCAGAGGACAAUGAGUGACAUGGCAGCAGAUGCAUUCAUGAGGAUGAGGAGAGUUGGUGUAAAACCGAAUUUGCAUUCUUAUACAGCUCUUGUUCAUGCUUAUUCAGUGAGUGGUUGGCAUGAAAAAGCUUACACAGCAUUUGAGGAUAUGCUAAGAGAAGGAAUCAAACCCUCGAUUGAAACCUACACCACUCUCCUGGAUGCAUUUAGGCGCGCUGGUGACAUUGAAGUGUUAAUGAAAAUAUGGAAAAUGAUGAUUACCGAGAAAGUUGAAGGGACACAAGUUACGUUUAACAUUCUCCUUGAUGGAUUUGCUAAGCAAGGUCACUACAUCGAAGCAAGAGAUGUGAUCUCUGAAUUUGGGAAGAUAGGUCUGCAGCCAACUGUAAUGACGUAUAAUAUGCUGAUUAAUGCGUAUGCACGAGGAGGUCAGCACUUGAAGUUGCCCCAACUGUUGAAAGAAAUGGCAGCUUUGAAUCUGAAGCCGGAUUCUAUCACUUAUUCGACCAUGAUAUAUGCCUUUGUCCGUGUUCGCGAUUUCAGGAGGGCAUUCUUUUAUCAUAAGAAGAUGGUAAAGAGUGGACAGGUACCAGAUGCCAGAUCAUACCAAAAGCUCAGGGAAAUAUUGGAUGUUAAAGCUGCAAUAAAGAAUAGGAAGGACAGGAGUGCCAUUCUUGGUAUAGUCAAUAGCAAAAUGGGUUCGGUGAGACCCAAGAAGAAACGAAAGAAGGAUGAGUUCUGGAAGAAUAGGAUAAGACAUCGAAGGGUUCUUGAUGGACAUUGAAGAUGCUCUUGGAAAGAAAAGGGAAUUGGUUCCCUGCCUCAGUUAUCUUUGGCUGGUCUUAUGGAUUUGUCCUUGGUUGAUAUCUGGUGAGACAAUUACAGUGGCCAAUGGUUGUUUACUGCUCGCUAUAAGAUGAUGCGCGCGGUUAUUACUGUUUUCACUUUUAAGAGGAGAUUCUUUUGUGGGCAAAUACCGCUGCGCUCAGAAAGCUUGUAUUUGACUCUAUCUAUGCUGGUCAGUGGACUAAAAAGAUCUGUCCCCCAUUUGGACUGAGCAACUAAAUAAGCUUCACAAGACACGAAAGAUGACUUGUUGAGGUAUCUUUAAAUGGGAGAUUGAACACGCCAGAGCUUUGUUCAGUUCUCAAGCAUUGCCGAGCCAAAUUAUUUUCGUAAGAUACUAUGGUCAUGCUGUCAAAGGUUACUUAUUUUGGGAACCCUGGCAUAGUUGAAAGUACAGUAGACAUAUUUGACUUGUGAUAUUGUACAAAUUGUUUUGAUAAUCAAUUAUCCAUUUUAUUGCA